UCACUGUGAAGGGAAGAACCACAGGGAAAAGAGGGACUCCUGUAAAGGGUUGGGUGUGUAGGAAAGCCACAAAUCUCAGGCAGUCUCCUCUGGUAUUGGAGGAAGGACAUUGAAGACGAAUCCAAAAAAGGGGCCUGGGGCCAGAGGAGCCUUGCAAAGUAGGUGAGGAAAGGCUCACCUCACUUCCAGCCAAUCAAGAUGAGCUCUUGAGAGAGGACCAGCAUAUAUUCUUCCCCCUUCAUCCUAGCAAGGGAGACACCAGCAGGAAAAUUUCUGACUGCUAAACCUUCCAAGUCUAAAGGUAAAGAAACUCACUGGGGCUGGAGAAGCUGGCUGAGUCCCUGCAGAUGGCCUGAAAUACAACCCAGCUCCACAAGAAGGGCUUUUGCUCUUGAAGGGAGAGAAUAACUGACUGUUCAAAGUUCAGCCAGCUCCAGGAGGACAACUGGGUCUUCUGAACAGGGAAGGAGAGCUACCAGGAGUCUUGUAUGGACUGAGAGCAUGCAUGAACUCGAGACUAAAAUCAGCUGCUGCCAAGGGAGGAGAGGCUAAAUGCACUUGUCAGCUGUGGCUAAGAAGCAGAGCCCCAUCUGGAUGCAGUACUCUAGAAGAGGAGGGUGAUCUCUUUCCACAGAAAUAAAGAAAAUCCCACCCCUGAGUCAUCGGCUCUUGUCUGAGGGAGGAAGAGAAGAAGAUAGAGCUUGCUCAGCAUGACCAAUGAAGAAUAAUUUAUCCACAUAAUUAUGGAAGACUUUGACAUAGAAAUCGCUGGACAGGCACCAAAGUAUUCUACUAAUGUGGUUGUAGAUGACAGCAGACACAAAGAAAAAGAAGAAAAAAGCAAACCACCUGAAAUCGUUGGUCCAGUCACAAUUUUUCGAUAUGCAGACGGGCUGGAUAUAACUCUUAUGAUAUUUGGAACAAUAGCAGCAGUGCUGAAUGGCGUUUGCCUUCCUCUGAUGUCACUGGUUUUUGGUGAAAUGAGCGACAGUUUUGUGAGUGGUUGUAUAUCCGAGGAGAGUUUACAUAGUGGUGACCCAUUAGUAUUCUUCAAGAUAUCACUAGCUGUGUUGCCUAUGGAAAUAAAGGCUUCUGCUCUACUUUAUUCAGCAAGUUCAGUGAACUGCAGUCAGUCACGAGUGCCUUUUGAAGAGCAAAUGACAGAGUUCGCUUUAUAUUAUGUCGGAAUUGGAGUGACUGCCUUAGUGUUUGGCUACCUACAGAUUUCGUUUUGGGUUUUGGCAGCAGCAAGGCAGACAAAGAAAAUAAGAAAAACUUUCUUCCAUGCAAUUCUUGGACAGGAACUCAGCUGGUUCGAUAGCAGUAAUAGUGGAGAGCUUAACACACGUCUGACUGAAGACAUUAAUAAAAUCAAUGAUGGCAUUGGAGACAAAGUCGCUCAGCUAUUUCAGAACAUGUCAACAUUCACAGUAGGCAUAGUGAUUGGCUUUGUGAAGGGAUGGAAACUUACGCUUGUGAUCCUGUCCACAAGCCCCCUCAUAGUAUUAUCAGCAGCAUUUUGUUCUAAGAUGAUCAUCACAUUAACCAGUAAGGAGUUAACAGCCUAUGCCAAAGCAGGUGCAGUAGCAGAAGAAGUCCUGUCAUCAGUGCGAACUGUUGUAGCCUUUGGAGGACAAGAGAAGGAAAUCAACAGAUAUACAAGUAAACUAGGAGAAGCGAAAAACCUUGGUAUAAAAAAGGCUAUUGCUUCUAAACUGUCUGUUGGUUUUUUGUAUCUAAUUAUAAAUGGAUGCUACGGGCUUGGGUUUUGGUAUGGAACUACCUUAAUUCUUGAUGAGAAUACUGGCUAUUCCAUUGGGACUGUCCUAGCUGUUUUCUUCUGCGUAACUUUUAGUAGUUAUUGCCUGGGCACAGCAGCACCACAUUUUGAAACUUUCUCUAUUGCUAGAGGAGCUGCCUUUAAAGUUUUCAAGAUAAUUGAUCAGAAACCCACUAUAGAUAGUUUUUCUUCAGAUGGACACAAACUCGAUCACAUAAAGGGAACACUUGAAUUUAAUAAUGUACAGUUCAGUUAUCCUUCAAGACCAGAUGUCCAGGUUUUGAAAGGUCUCACUCUGAAAAUUGACUGUGGACAAACGGUGUCACUGGUUGGAAGCAGUGGAUGUGGUAAGAGCACGAUGGUCCAGCUGCUUCAGAGGUUUUAUGAUCCACAGGAAGGAGUGAUCACAGUGGAUGGACAUGACAUAAAGUCCCUUAAUCUGAGACAUUACCGAGAAUUCAUUGGCGUGGUCAGUCAGGAACCUGUUCUGUUUGGGACAACAAUUAGAAACAAUAUAAGAUAUGGUCGAGAGGAUGUAACUGAUGAAGAAAUUGAGAAUGCAGCAAAAGAAGCAAAUGCUUAUGAUUUUAUCAUGGAGUUUCCUGAUAAAUUUAAUACCCUUGUAGGAGAAAGAGGAGCACAGAUGAGUGGUGGCCAGAAGCAGAGAAUAGCCAUAGCUCGAGCUUUGGUGCGCAACCCUAAAAUUCUCUUGUUAGAUGAGGCCACAUCUGCCCUGGAUACAGAAAGUGAGUCAGUAGUGCAAGCUGCACUGGAAAAGGCCAGCAAAGGUCGAACCACUCUUGUAAUAGCUCAUCGGCUUUCCACCAUUCGGACUGCAAAUGUAAUAGUGGCCAUAGCGGGUGGUGCUGUGGCUGAAGUAGGAACACAUACAGAGCUGAUGGAGAGAAGAGGGUUAUAUUAUUCACUUGCAACAGCACAGUCUAUUAAAACAGAAGACCAUGAGGAAUCAACAGAAACUAUUACCUUAAAAGAUCAGGAAGAAGUAUUCCCCAUCAAUGGGUUGAUUUCCAAAAGAGCAAGCAUAAAACAUGUUCCACAAAAAGAGGCUGAAGAAGAAGCCGCACCUGAAGAGGCACACCUUCCCAAAGUUUCUUUCCUCAAGAUUUUUAGAUUAAACAAGCCCGAGUGGCCUUUCAUUGCACUGGGGACACUAGCUGCUGUUAUUAGUGGAGCAUGUCACCCUAUCUUUUCCAUCAUAUUUGCUAAAAUUGUAACAAUUUUUUCAAUAAAAGAUGAUCCAGAGAGGAUCCAGCAUGAAGCUAACAUUUUCUCCAUCACAUUUGCUGUUAUAGGUGGUGUUUGCUUUAUCGCUUGGUUUUUGCAGGGAUUCCUUUAUGGGAGGUCAGGAGAAAUCCUAACAAUGAGAUUAAGGCAUAUGGCAUUUAAAGCCAUGCUGCGGCAGGAAAUCUCUUGGUUUGAUGAUAAGAAAAACAACACCGGAGCUCUGACAACAAGAUUAGCCACAGAGGCAGCACAAAUUCAAACAGCAACAGGUACAAGGCUUGGUGUAAUAGCACAAAACAUCUCCAGCAUGGGAUUGUCUGUCAUCAUUUCUUUUAUAUAUGGGUGGGAGAUGACUCUGCUGAUCCUAGUGAUGGCGCCGGUGCUUGCUGUGACUGGGAUGCUGGAGACCAGUGCAUUGACUGGAUUUGCCAACCGAGAUAAAAAGGAACUGCAACAAGCAGGAAAGGUAGCAACUGAAGCUGUGGAGAACAUUAAAACCGUUGCUUCAUUAACUAGAGAGAGCACUUUUGAACAAAUGUAUGAAGAAAACCUGCAGAAGCCAUACAGAAAUGCUCAGAAGAAAGCUCAGAUCUAUGGUUCCUGUUAUGCAUUCAGCCAGGCUUUUAUGUAUUUCACCUAUGCAGCAAGCUUUCGGUUUGGAGCAUACUUAAUUACAGUUGGAAGAAUGACCCCGGAGGGUGUUUUCACAGUUUUUUCUGCAAUAACAUAUGGUGCUAUGGCACUUGGCGAGACGUUAACAUUUGCACCUGAAUAUGCCAAAGCCAAAUCAGGGGCCGCACACUUGUUUGCUCUAUUUGAAAGGACACCAGCCAUUGACAGCUACAGCCAAGAAGGAGAAAAACCAGCUACAUUCAAAGGAGGUUUAGAGUUCCGUGAAGUGUCUUUCACUUACUCAUCUCGCCCAGAUGUUCCCAUCUUGCAAGGCUUGUCUCUUCAGAUUGAAAGAGGACAAACCAUGGCAUUUGUCGGCAGCAGUGGAUGUGGGAAAAGCACUUCUGUUCAGCUUUUACAGAGAUUCUAUGACCCUCUCACAGGGCAAGUGCUGUUUGAUGGCAUCAAUGCAAAACAUUUGAAUAUCCAGUGGCUACGCUCUCAAAUAGGAAUAGUCUCCCAAGAGCCAGUGCUUUUUGAUUGCAGCAUAGCUGAGAAUAUUGCCUAUGGGGAUAACAGUCGGAAUGUGCCAUUGGAUGAGAUACAAGAAGUAGCAAAAGCAGCAAAUAUUCAUUCUUUUAUAGAAGAACUUCCUGAGAAAUACAACACCCGGGUUGGAGAUAAAGGAACACAGCUCUCGGGUGGCCAGAAACAACGAAUAGCUAUUGCAAGGGCUCUUCUCCGGCAACCAAAAAUUUUGUUGUUAGAUGAGGCCACUUCUGCUCUUGAUAAUGAGAGUGAAAAGGUGGUGCAACAGGCUCUUGACCAGGCACGGAAAGGAAGGACCUGUAUUGUGAUUGCACAUAGGCUGUCCACAGUACAGAAUGCAGAUGUCAUUGUUGUUAUUAACAAUGGAAAAAUAAUAGAACAAGGAACUCAUCAGCAACUAAUGGCAAAGCGUGAAGCCUAUUUUAAUUUAGUAAAUGCACAAACACAGCUCUAAAACAAGGAUAGCCCCUGAGGCCUUCUUUAGAAAUGAGCUGUCAGGAAAAAGAGUAGUUAGCAUGCAGAGGAUGUGAUCUGACCUUAUGGGCUUACCAGCAACUCUUCUUUGGACACACACAUGCUCCGCAGGACCUGGAGUAGUUUAACUUGCUCAGCGUUCUUGCCUUUGGAGUACAAAGAUGCCCUUUUUGGGAAAUCCAUGUUGGAGAGGUUUAAACCAUAGGCUGGGGUUUAAUACUGAGUCAGUGGGAACAUGGAUAAACCUCUCUUUCUCAUGUUAUCUGCAGACCAUGUUUCAGUAUUUCCCUCAGGUGGGCUACUCUGUUCCCUCUACCUGCUCCAUAAAAUAUGCAACUGGACGGGAACUCUUUGCUUUAGCAGAUAUAUAGAGAUGUAGCUAUAAUUAUAAUUAUAUAUCAUUUGAAAUCAA